AUGUUGCGCUUGGAUGUUGUUUUGUCUGCCUUGCUAGCGGCCGCGCCAUAUGCUUGCCGCGCACGGCAGCUCGUCGACGUCGCCGGUGGAAAUAAAACACCCAAGCUGCAGCUGCACCAGGCGGCGGCAAGUGCGAGCGCCCAUCCCCUCGAGCAUGCGGUGGCGAUGUUGGCAAAGAUGAAGGAGGAAGCCAGCGCGGAUAUGCAGAGCGAGGCAGUUAUGUAUGCGACAUAUAGCCAAUACGUGACCGACGAAACCAUUCGGCUGAACAGUACAAUCAAUGAUCUAGGGGUGCAAAUCGAGGCCGCAAACGCCGAGGCGGCGAAGCUCCGCGCGCAAGCGGAGUCGCUGGAUCUGCAAGUACUUCUAAAUCAGUGCCAGUGCAGUGUUUGCCUUUGUGCAUACAAGUAGGAGCUGCUUCACCAGGUUUUUUGAGAAACUUGUUUGUAUGGCAGUAAAGUAGUGGUUAAAAGACGACGAAAUUCUCUGUGAAGAGGUCGUGAACUUUCGCAAUAACACCUCGCCAUCAAGGUAAACGAGACCACGACUGACCUGGAAAAGACCAAGACGGAAAAACACGAUAUCGAUGAGGAGAACAAUGCGAGAAUCACCCAGUUUCUUGAGGCGGAAACGGAUUACCGCAACGCGAUCUACAUGAUUGAAAAGGCCAUCGCGCACCUGAAAGCACGGGAAAUUACGGAUAAGAACGAAAUGGACAUCAAGUACGCAGAGCCGCCGGGGGUUGUCGGCGCCGCGCUGCUGCAGCAAAAGGCAAACAUUUUAGCGAAGAUGAAAUCCUCAAGCAGUUCCUUUUUGUCCAACCUCGCGAACCGGCUAAAAGACCUCGUGUUCGGGCCGUUGAAGCAAACGAGCUGGAUCGAGAACCAGCUGCAGCUACUGCAAGAGAAAGUCAGCUUGCACGCGAAAAAUUUCACCGACACCGCUUCCGUGCUCGUUACUCUACGUGAUCUCCGGGCGAGCUUCGCGGACGAAGUCGAUGCGUUGGUCAAACAGGAAUCGGCGGACAAACUCGCGUGGCAGCAGACCAGCCUCGCCCUGGGAUUCGAGAUCGAGAAACUGGAGCGCGCCAUCAAGGACGCCACGGAGGGGGCCGCGAGCAUGCGCGCAACAGCAGGGGAAAAAGCCGCGGGCGCGAUCGAGGACGCGCAGACGCAGGGCGAUUUGAUCACGACCUUAGACGAGCUCGUGGCGCAGGGAAAGUCAAAGGCCGCACAGUUCACGGAGCGGCAAGCGACCAGGCAGAACGAAAUCGCGGCGCUGACAGACGCGGUGUCUAUCUUGUCCAAGCCGAUCUCCUUGAUAAGUACGAAAAGCGGACAAGAAGAACAUGGUGUUCGUAUCGCCAAAGAAACGAAAAAAGUGGUUUCCUUGCUGCAAGUUUCAACAUCGAGCACGAAGAAAACAGCGGCAAAAGAAUCCGUGCAAGAAGCGGAAAGCCGUGCCACUAGCAUUGCGUUUCUGAAGGAGAAGAACUCGAAGUCAAAUUCCGUGCUAGCCCUGGUGCAGAAGAGUCUAGCCGCCCAGGACCCGCUCGCCAAGGUGAAGGCGAUGAUCACGGACCUGAUUACGCAGAUGGAGAAGGAGGCCGCGGAGGAGGCCACGCACCACUCCUGGUGCGACACCGAAGUGAAAAAGACCGAGGCGGACAAGGAAAAGGCGGGAGAGGAGGUGGAGCAGUACUCCCAAAAAAUCGCAGAAGUGUCCGCCACACUGGAGCGACUGCAGGCCCGCGUCCCGAAAAUCAAGGCCAAGAUCAACGAAACGAUGACGGACAUCGCGGAACAGGGCAAAAUUUUCACGGACUCGCAAAACCAGAUCAACAAGGAGCUCCACGAGGUGAUGGAGGCGGAGAACGCAUUGCAGGACGCCCUGGCGGUGCUGCAACAGGUCUACGGUGCUACGACAGCGGGAGCCGCGCCGCCGCCAAAUUUCUUGCAGAUGAGGAAAGUUGCUGUAGGGUCCAUUCGUUCCCAAAACAAGAACGCGAGGGAUGCGCCGGAAAUCUUUGACGACAGCCCCUACACCGGGCAGGCAAGCGGUGGCGGCGCCGUGGACUUUCUGCAGUUUCUCCUUGGAGAGUUCCAAAAACAGAAUUCGGAACUAGUCGCGCAGCGCUCCGACGAGCAGAUGGAGCACACGCGGAUCGUGAGUGAAAUGCAGGCGUUGCAGCAAAAAUACCAGUCGGAUUUGGGGGAAAAUCAAGCGACGCAAUUGACCAAGCAUGGCGAGCUGACGGGCGCGCAAUCGGCCAAGCAAACCAGUGCCGCCGCGUUAGCCGCGGCAAACGCGUACUACGCAGAACUGACGCCGAGCUGCAUUGCGGUCACUGAUUUUGACGAACGAACGAAACAGCGGCAAGACACGAUCCAGUCACUGCAAGAAGCCAUGGAGAUUCUGCAAUCGCAAUAGAUAAUUUGAUAAUAAAUUGUAAUUCUUUUUUCCAUUUUCAAGCGAUGGGGAUUCAUUUCUUCGCAUUACUUGUUCGGCCGUACGGCAGUGACACAUGGCGUACUACGCUGGCAGCUCUCCAGAACAUUAAGUUGUAAAAUGGAGAAAAAUUAUUAUCAAAACCAAUACCAACCGAAGUUGCACAUCGGUAUCGGUUUUUCUGCCUGAUGUUGCAGCACUGCUUGUUCGCCC